AUGAAUAGAAAUAAAGUUUUUUCUAGUUCUCAAAAAAGGAAAUUAAAAGAAGAAAAAAAUAAAAAAAUUUCAAAACUUCCAAAAAUUACAUCUAUGUUUCAAAAACAGGAAGAACAGGUUCAAAAUGAUGAAAUGAAUAGUAUGAAUGUUGAUCAAGCACAAAACGCAAUUAACAGUGAUGAAUUAAAUUUGAGUCACCCUUAUCCCACGGAUCGUGGACAUUUUGAUCAACUAAGCAUAGUUAUUCGUUAUGUGACAGAGGAAUUGGAUUCAAAUGGUAUUCCUUGUAGUUUGAACAUAAACGAGAGUUUUAUGGGAUUCACUAACAUAACAGACCAGAGUGCUAAAGGAAUAGAAAAUGCAAUAAUGAAGUCUUUUGAAGUAAACAACAUACAAAUUAAUAAAUGUAGAGGUCAAGGAUAUGACGGAGCAAGCGUAAUGAGUGGCUUAUACAAUGGCUUGCAAAAACGAAUUUGUAAAAGAGAACCGAAUGCUGUUUAUGUUCAUUGCAACCGUUCAAGUAUAAAAAGGUGGGAUCUUCUUUUAAAUGUAAAUUCAUUAUCGAGUCAUAAUAAUAGAAGUAAUAGUAGCAAACUAGAAAAAAUUCCUACAUUAAAACGGCUUUGUCCAACUAGAUGGUCUUCUCGUCAUGACGCAUUAUUUGCUGUUUAUUUUCAAUAUACAGAUAUCAUGAAAGCGUUAAGCCAUAUCGAAAAAGCGAGUGAACUACUUAGUAAUUCAUUAUCUAACUUAGAAAAUUUGAGAAAUCAGUUUGAUGAAAUAAAAUCUGAAGCAAUCACGAUUGCAGAAAAAUGGGGCAUAAAUACAUCGUUUUCAAAAAAAAGGAAUAGACAAACAAAAAAAUUUUUUGACGAACUUUGUGCUGACCAACGAUUAACUGAUCCCGAAAAAAAUUUCAAAAUCAAUGUAUUUUACACAAAUAUAGACAUUAUAAUUUCACAACUCCGUAGACGUUUUAUGGUAUUAUAUUCAGAUACAGAACUGACCCAUUUUGCUAAAAUUUUAGUAGAACAGUAUUCAAAUGAUUUGUCUUUAUCAUUUAUACACCAAAUACUUUCAUUCAGAAGGGUGCUAUUAAAAAAUAUAAAAGAAGUUUCUAGCGUCAAAGAAUUAGCUGAAUUAUUGAUUGUUCAAAAUAUUUGCAUAUUAUCAAGUGUUCCGGAAGUAGCCAUCGUUUUAAAAUUAUUUCUUACUAUACCAGUAACAUCAGCUACAGCAGAACGUUCGUUCUCUAAAUUAAAACUAAUUAAGAGUUAUUUAAGAAGUACUAUGGCACAACAACGUUUAUCAGAUUUAAGUGUAUUGCGUAUUGAAAACGAGAAAAUUCGCAGUUUAGAUAUAAACAUGUUAGUUGACAAAUUUGCUGAAAAAAAUGCUAGAAGAUCACAGAAAUUUAAAUAA